AUGAAGAGGGGCUGAAGAAAUUGAACCCGACGUUGGUGAUUAGAUUUCUAUAUCAUUUCUUGCCAACAGUAGGAUAUCCAGUGAUUUUAAACAUAUAAAGAUGCUAAAUAUUGGAAAAGACGAUUUCUAUACUUGGUGCAGUUAUUCAGAGAAUGUGCUCAACUGAAAUAAAGAUUCCGGUUCCUUGGGGGUAUAUAGCAGCUCAGGUAUGGGGAAAUGAAGCUAAUCCCAAGAUAUUGAUGUUGCACGGUCUAUUUGAUAACUCAGAAUCGUUCAGUGGAUUGGCACCUUUGUUACCAAGCUCGUACUGUUACAUAGCCUUAGACCUUCCUGGUCACGGUAGAUCGACACAUUUUCCGAAAACUACGGCUUCGAAUUUCCUGGAUUAUGUGAUCGCUCUUCGCUUGACUAUUCGUUUCUUAACGGAAAGUGCACUUACUAUUAUAGGUCACAGUUUUGGUAGCAAGCUUGCCGCGGUAUAUUCACAGUUGUACCCCAACGAAAUUUCACGAUUGGUCUUAAUUGACCCCAGUUAUUUGACUUAUCGUCCCAUUAAAGCAUUUAGAAAUGAUUACAGAAAUUACAUGAAACAAGCGUGUAAUUUACUGCAAGAAACCAAAACGACCUCAACGCAAUCGUAUGAGAAGGGAUUUCAAAACUUUAUGCGUAAACGAUUAUACGGAGGGAUGACCAGACAAGCAGCCGAAAAACUGUACAAGCGUAGCAUUAUUGAAUUGGAUGGAGAAUAUCAUACGCUAACUGACCCAUUAACCAAACUUGGCAUUUGUAUAUUUGUCAACGCCUCAGCGUCAUCCCAUAUGUGGAAAAAAUGUCCUAUUAUAUGCCCAACCCUCAACAUAUUCGGUCUAAGAUCUACAGUACCUAUAGAGUAUAAAGAAAUACUGACUAAAAUUCUAGGCAUGAACAGGAGAGGUGUUACUAAAUUUGUCGAUGGUGGUCACCACGUACAUUCGGAUUCGCCCGAUAUUGUCGCACCCCUAAUUUGUGAUUUUUUAAGUUUAAAAUGUAAUUUGUAAUAUUUCCGGUAUCAAUAAUUUUAU